AUGUCGGUCAAGUUCGAGAAGGAGACGACCAAGACGACGGCCGCAGUGGCGGAUGCGGUGAGCGGCAAGGCCAAGGGCAAGGACGACUUGCUGCACCAUGUCGGCGAGGCGCUGACCAAAGGCGCCGGUCCCAACGGCUACCUCGCAGCGUACCUCAAGCAGCUGCAGAGCAACCCGCUGCGGACCAAGAUGCUCACGUCGGGCACGCUGUCGGGUCUGCAGGAGUUCCUCGCGUCGUGGAUUGCACACGACAGGAGCAAGAGCGGCCACUACUUCACCUCGCGUGUGCCCAAGAUGGCCCUGUACGGCGCCGUCGUGGCCGCGCCCCUCGGCCACGUCCUCAUCAGCAUGCUGCAGAAGCUCUUCCAAGGGCGCACCAGUGUCAAGGCCAAGAUCAUGCAGAUCCUGGUCAGCAACUUGAUUAUCUCCCCCAUCCAGAACAGCGUGUACCUGACGUCCAUGGCCAUCAUUGCCGGUGCCCGCACAUUCCACCAGGUCCGCGCAACCGUCAAGGCCGGCUUCAUGCCCGUCAUGAAGGUCAGCUGGGUCAUCUCGCCCAUCUCGCUGGCCUUUGCGCAGCAGUUCCUGCCCGAGGCCACGUGGGUGCCCUUUUUCAACAUCAUCGGCUUCAUCAUCGGCACCUACAUCAACGCACACACCAAGAAGAAGAGGCUCGCGGCUUUGAGGCGAAAGCACUACGGCGACGGCAGCGGCAGGAGCCAGGCAGGCGGCCGGCCCGGCGACGAGUACGGCCGUGAUGCCCGCGACCCUCCGCGUUACUAG